AUGGGUUCGUUAGCGCGCAUCCUGGGAGUGAUCGUCACUACGACGAUAUUUCUGAGGAAUGCUGCUGCAAUCACAAAAAAUUUUGUCAAUAGCUCAAUGCCUGAAAUGAGGCCAACUUUCGUGGUCAACUUCGAUAUGUCUACAGUAAUAUGUCAGCAUUCUGCCGAUGCCAACGACUUGCAUCUACAUAAAAUGUCGAUUCUUUGUGAUGGCAAACCCGACUGUUACAGUAAUCCGGCAAUGCACGAUGAAAGCUUUCCGUACUGUGGUCAGUUGCCCGAUCGUUCACUGUAUAACAAUCAUUCAUCAUAA